AUGCCUACCUUGCAGAAAUUCAAGGUUCUAGCGACGCAGUGCGCCGUGGUGGCCGCAAGUCCGACGAGGAGCCCGUCGGCGAGCCCCGUCAUCCACCUCCGCCGCCGCAAGACUCUCCGCAUGCUCCUCAACCGCACCGACCGUCGAGGCCGGUUCGCCUGCCGGGACGACUCCUCGGAGCUCCGCGGCAUGGACUCCGAUCCCAAUCGCGCGCCUCCAGACAAGGCUAAGAAGAAAGAGAAGAGCGGGGAGAUCAGGGUCCGGCACAAGCUGAAGGACCUCUUCGUGUCAUCGCCGCCGCCUGAUGAUAGGGUUUCGGAUAAGAGAUUGGAAGAAGACGAGGUCGGGUUGUUACCGGCAACCGGGAGCGUCGGUGGUGGCAUAUCGGCGUUGCGGCGAGGCGCAGCCGAAAGAGCCGGUUCUUUCAGGCCCGUAACGGCGUCGUUUCGGUAUAGAUUGCUCAGAAGAGCUUGGCGACCAGUGCUCGUCACCAUCCCAGAGUAG